UUAAAAGAAAAAGAAAAGGCUACAGAAAGGCCCAAGAAGCUUCUUUUCUGCAUCAACAAAAACCAGCUGUUUUGGGGGUCUCACCAGAAGAGAGCCACUUCUUGUUUUACUCUUUUCACCCUUUGUGUCUUGAUUCAAACCAUUCUCUUCUUCUUUCCUUCCCUUCUUCUUGUUCAAUCAAUAACAAAUUUUUACAAGAGUUUUGAUUUGUGCUAUUUGAAUCCAGUGUUGUUGUUGUUGAAGUUUAAUGUCAACACCAUUAGAGCAUGAUUACAUAGGGUUGUCAGAGAUGGAAAGAAGCUCUGACAAGAUCUCUUCCUCUUCUUCUUCCUCCUCCUCCACUCUUUCCACUGAGGAAGGGAAGAAGAAAAAUGUCCUCAACCUCAAGGAGACAGAGCUGAGGCUUGGUUUGCCUGGUUCUGAGUCUCCUCCUGAGAGGAAGGCUGGAUUUGGGAUGUCUCUGUUUGGGAAGGAUUUGGAGGACAAUAAUAAUAGUAAGAAAAAUGGCUACUCCAUUAGCCCUAUCAAGAGCUUUGUGGCUGGGGCUAAGAGGGGUUUUUCUGAUGCCAUUGAUGGGUCUCCCAAAUGGGGUCUCUCUGUGAAUGGUGGUGGAUCUGAGGCUUGUUUGGCUAAAAGUUCUGGUUUGUUUUCCCCCAAAGGAGGGAGUAAUGGGAGUGCGAUGGAAAGUAAGAAUAUGAAGGAGGCUGCUGUUGUUGUUCCUCCUUCACCAAAGCCUGUUCAAGAGAAGAAGGAACAUCAUGGUGGUGCUCCUGCUGCAAAGGCACAGGUGGUUGGAUGGCCACCAAUUCGAUCUUUUAGGAAGAACACCAUGGCCACCAGUUCAGCAAAGAACAGUGAUGAUGCUGAUGUGAAAUCGGGAUCGGGUUGCCUUUAUGUGAAGGUUAGUAUGGAUGGUGCUCCAUAUCUAAGGAAGGUCGACCUCAAGACAUAUUGCAACUAUGUAGAACUCUCAUCGGCUCUUGAGAAGAUGUUUAGCUGCUUUACCAUUGGUCAGUGUGCUUCUCAUGGACUUCCAGGGCGAGAUGGGCUCAGCGAGAGUCGCUUAAAAGAUCUUCUGCAUGGAUCUGAAUACGUGCUUACGUACGAAGACAAGGAUGGUGAUUGGAUGCUCGUUGGUGAUGUUCCUUGGGAGAUGUUUGCAGAAUCAUGUAGGAGAUUGAGGAUCAUGAAGGGCUCGGAGGCAAUAGGACUAGCUCCAAGGGCCAUGGAGAAGUGCAAGAACCGAAACUAGUGUUUGAGUACGAGUGAGAUCGAGGCAUUUCCUGGAAGACCGAAGGGUUUUUUUUUAAGCAGGCAAUCUGUCCCGGAAUCUCAUGUAUUUUGUUUUCUUAAAUAUUGUAGGUUUGUAGUUUUUCACAGACCGGAAAGAACUUCCUACUAGGGAGAAGAUAUAAAUUGAAGACAUCCAGUUGUUUGGUUG